AUGGAGAACAUAAAUAAUGUAGUUUCUGUGGCAACUGAUGAGAAUUUGGAAACAUUUUCUCUCGCCUGGCUCGAUGAAGAAGUCGAUUCAACAGAAGAGAACAAACAAAUUCAGCAACAGCUUCAACAAAUCAUCAAUCAUCUCAAAACAUUUCAUGAUCGACAGCAAUGUCAUGAUUAUAUUACUUCACUUUUCCCACACGAUCGACUUGUUCUCAUCGUCAGUAGCCGGUGCGGUCAAGAACUAGUUCCUCAAAUUCAUUCGCUUCGACAAGUCUCUGCAAUUUACGUUUAUUUUAUAGAUGGACAGGCAAACGAGCAAUGGACAAAGCGCUUUAUCAAGGUGCAAAAAGUGGCUACACAAGUCAAAGAUUUAAUCGAUCACAUCAAAACGAAUCAGAACAACCAAACAAAAGCAGACGAACCACUUUCAAUCAACAUCUUCAAUUCAACUGGUACGUCCGAUCAGUCCACAACUGAAAUCAAUGGUCAUUUUCUUCAUUCACUUCUUCUCAUCGAUGUUCUUCUUCGAAUCAAACCAAAUGACAAAGAUAAACAUCAGCUCAUCACACUUUGCAGAGAGCACUUCCAUGUCAAUGACCAUGAACUCGGUCUUGUACGUGAAUUCGAGCAAGAAUAUUCAAGUGACAAGGCACUGUGGUGGUAUACGCGUCAAUCGUUUGUGUACAAAAUGGUGAACAAGGCACUGCGAGUACAAAACGUUGAAGUUCUGUUUUUAUUUCGUUUUAUGAUCAACGACAUUUAUCAGCAACUGAAGCGGCAUCAAUGUACAUCAGCGGUUCAUGUUUAUCGAGGUCAGAUGAUGUCACGUGAUGAAUUAGAAAUUAUACAACGAGCCGAUGGUAAACUUAUAUCGAUCAACUCGUUUUUCUCAACUAGUCUUAAUCGACAGAAAGCAUCAGCAUUUCUCCAUAGGUCGAGUGAUUUACAUCGUGUGCUGUUUGAUAUUCAUGCUGAUCCAGGCGUAGUGAUGUCAAAACCAUUUGCUGAAAUUCAAAAAUUAAGUAUUUCUAUGUACGAAGAAGAGGUAUUGUUCAUGACCGGAUGCAUCUUUCGCCUAAAUAAGAUUUGGCGAGAUGACGACAAAAACAUGUGGGUGAUUGAAAUGCAACUAUGCGGUGACAGUGAACAUGGUUUGAAAGCACUGUUUGAUUACAAUAAGGAGGAGUAUGGAGGUGGUGAUGGUGAAGUCGAUCUUCGUUCUUUUGGUGUCGUGUUGCGUAUGAUGGGAAAGAUUGUGUUAGCAGCGAAGAUGUUGCAGCGUCAUCUGAAUGAACUUCCACCAAAUGAUCCAUCACUUCAACGUGUAUACUGGUCAUUUGGUAUGAUCAUGAAGAAGAAGGGUGAUUAUGACGCUAGUCUAAUAUUGUUCAAGAAAUCAUUGGAAAUCUAUUUGAAAACCAACUCAUCUGAUUAUGUCAUCAUAGGUGCUUUGUAUAAUUGCAUUGGCACGGCGAAUUGGAAAAAGAAAGAUAAUGAAAGAGCAUUGGAAUAUUAUAAGAAAGCAAUCGCACUGUUUGAGGAAGCACACGCUGCGGAUCAUUCACACAUGGCUGUUUUCUACGACAACAUUGGUAUAACCUAUAAGGAUCAGAAGAAGUAUUCGGAAGCUCUCGAUUGCUAUAAAAAGUCAUUAGAUAUAAAAAAGAAAUGUCUACCAGAUGAGCAUUCACGCAUGGCCAAAUCAUAUAAUAAUAUAGGAUGUGUGUAUUCUGACCUCAGACAAUAUGACCUUGCGAUGGAGCAGUUUACUCUAGCACUCAAGAUUCAGAAGCAAUCCCUACCUCGUGAACAUCUAGAUAUCGCCAAGAGCUACAACAGCAUCGGUGUAAUACAUGAGAAGAAGGGUGAAUGGCGAGAAGCACUGGCUAACUAUGAAACGGUUGCCAAAAUCUAUCGUAGUUCGUUAUCACCUCAACAUCCAUAUGUGAUCGAAGUCAACGAAGACAUUCGACGUGUGUCAUCAAAACUAAAAUGA